UUUCGAGGUUGAUGGGAAGUACGGCAGCGUCGGCGAACAUGGGUCAUCCGGGCCUUAACACGGCCGGAAUGCCCGGUCUCGGCGCAUGUGCAAUGCCAGAUUCAAAACCCAUGCAAUUUCCCCUAGCACAGCGACGAAAGAGGCGGGUCCUUUUCACGCAAGCACAGGUUUAUGAACUCGAGAGGAGGUUCAAGCAACAAAAGUACCUUUCAGCACCUGAGAGGGAGCAUUUGGCAUCUCUGAUUCAUCUUACACCGACACAG